UGUGGUUACGGCUUGUCACAUGUGUUAUAUUACAUUGGCAAUAGGUUAGAGACGUACAGCGUGGUUGUCUGUGAGGAGUGGAGUGGCCUGCAAGACCUCCCCUACUCCCAGUUUGGGAUCGUGUUCCAGUGGGAAGCAGAUGGGGAUCCCUCGCCCUGCGUCAGUCACUGCGUCAGGCAGAGUAUUCAGGUGGUUGCGCUUUCUACCAUUCUCCCCCGUCCCACAGUCACCAGAACGAAGCAGGAACUAAAAUCAGAAGAGGAAACCAGUUCAAGCUGUGAAAAAGUAAGCAAGGGCAGAUAUGAGACGAUCAAAUAUGUCAACGAAAGGAGAGACAUGGAGCGCAAGACAACCAAGAAGGGAGUCGAUCCUUUCACUUUCAUCGCUUCCAGCAGACUGAUCAACAACGCAGAGCUUCAUUAUAUCCUCACUUCUGUUUUCAACAUCUUCCUCGUGGAAAGGUCCCUCAGAGAUUUGGUGGACGGCGAGGAAUGUAAGCGAGGUUGGGCGGACCUGGUGGUGGAUGAACGAACGUGUAUAUUAUUACAGCCUCUUGCUCAUCUACGCACUGAUUCCCACGUCCAUUAUCUCACCAAGCAGCUAGUCCUUUUGUCUCUUCAGUGUGCUACUUGCUAUCUUAUUCUUUACUCUGACCCUCGUUUAGAUUUCGGGUACAUAUUUCGAAGCAAUGUAGUGAAAGCACUAACGAGGCUUGCUGCUGCGUGUGCACAGUUUCGUUCGCUAGAUUAUACCGUGUCGAUUUGCCUGGCAUCCAGUUUGGAACAGGCUGGACAGUUGGUACGCGAGGUGGCAGAGGCGAGUCGGGCGGCAUCAACCACCUGGGACCAAGAGGACUGGACUUCUCGACCUUGGCUCACACAUCACAUGAGCUCGCAUGAACGUUUUCUUCUGGCUCUGCCCUGCACAAAUUCCAUCACUUCGCAGGUGAUACUGACAGCUGUUUCUUUGUCGAAAUUAUUGACCUCGCCCGUGACCUCGUUGUUAUCAUCGCUUCCUUGGCUCCCGCACAAAAUCAUUGCGAUGCUACACAAGCUACUUCAUGGAGAUGAGGAGAACUUAGAGUCUACAAUAAACAAAAACGCCGAAAUUCCCGCGCUUGUGAUGACAUCAGGCCAAGAUGGACCUUUUCUCCACGGCCAUCAAGGAAGUUCUGGUGUAGCAGUGUCAUCUCAUUCUGGUGAUAUUCCCUUGCAAAAUGCUUUGACUACGUGCAUCACCCAACACAAUACCACGAAAAAGGGGAUGGCAGUGAAUAAUCAUUUUGGUAAAAAUGCCUGGGGAGUGGCAUGCCAAUCGAUUCAACAAUCACACUUCGAUGACAAGCAGUUAACCUCUCAACGUCCUGCACAUUAUCAAGUUCUUCAGAGUUUUCAGCAAGAAUAUCCGUUUCACCAGGAAUAUUCUGUACCUGUAGUACCUCAGCAAAAACAGCCACCUCAGUGCUUGCAACUUUCACAGCAGUAUUCAGUUCAGCACAUGCAAAAUGUCAAUUUAAUGCAGAGGAAAGACUCAGAGACACAGACAAAUACACUUGGAGGUAGAUCAGAGGAGCAGUCUGGAUGGCUGCAUUUUGCAGAAAACGCUCCCACUUUCCCAUCACCAUAUCUUAAUCAGCUUCCUGGAGCGUGCUUUCUUACUGCAAGUGCUGCUAACUCACUGCAUUGUAAAGAUAACUUUUUGGGAGUAGUAGACUGCAAUGAAGGUCGAAGUAUUAUUACUGAGAAUAGUACCUACAUGAACUCUCCUGAACAUGAAUACUGGCGGCAACACUGUAAUGCAAAACCCAAGACAUCAGGUCAGCAAACGAGCCACCCAUACAUUCCUUCAGUGCCACCAUCCCCAAGGGUCAUCCUCCGACAGCUAGGUCGACGUCACCAUUUUCCCACUGAGUACAAUCCGUCCUCGCCGGAGAGUGCGGGGCCGCCGUGCGUCAAGAAACUUGCCUACCAGAUGGUGUCGGGCAUGGGAGGCCAAACAAAACUCGUCUUUAAAAAUGCGUGAUAAAAGAACUUGAAUUUUGUUUCCUGGAACAAAUUUUUUUUGUUUUGAGGAAUUUAGUUUAAGCCUACAUAUACGACUUGUUUUCUGAAAUGAUUCCUCAAGGUUCAUAUUCCAAGAGCAAAUGAUAUUAAAACUGUGAAAUAAACUCAGAAUACCCUAUUUAUUUUGCAGAUUCACUGUACGCUGUGUCUAAACACGGUAUCUGAUUUAGUUAAUAUAUCCACAUUCACUUUAUUUACCUAUUAACUCAAUUGCAUUUGUCCUUAGUUUAAAUUUUGUAAACCCAGUUCAGGAAUAACCUACCAUGAAUUUGAGAAAGUGAUAUAGAUACACAAAUACAGUAUGAAAAGUA